AGGACCCGCGAGGAGAUGAUGAUGCUGGGAGCAGAAGGUGGAGAGGGCUUCAUGGUGAAGGUCCGGGACUUGCCCUGGUCCUGCUCUGCGGAUGAAGUGCAGCGGUAUUUUUCUGACUGCAAAAUUCAAAAUGGGGCUCAAGGUAUUCGUUUCACCUACACCAGAGAAGGCAGACCGAGUGGCGAGGCUUUUGUUGAACUUGAAUCAGAAGAUGAAGUCAAAUUGGCCUUGAAAAAGGACAGAGAAACUAUGGGACACAGAUAUGUUGAAGUAUUCAAGUCAAACAACGUUGAAAUGGAUUGGGUGUUGAAGCAUACUGGUCCAAAUAGUCCUGAAACGGACAAUGAUGGCUUUGUACGGCUUAGAGGACUCCCUUUUGGAUGUAGCAAGGAAGAAAUUGUUCAGUUCUUCUCAGGGUUGGAAAUCGUGCCAAAUGGGAUAACAUUGCCAGUGGACUUCCAGGGGAGGAGUACGGGGGAGGCCUUUGUGCAGUUUGCUUCACAGGAAAUAGCUGAAAAGGCUCUAAAGAAACACAAGGAAAGAAUAGGGCACAGGUAUAUUGAAAUAUUUAAGAGCAGCCGAGCUGAAGUUAGAACUCAUUAUGAUCCACCAUGAAAACUUAUGGCCAUGCAGCGGCCAGGUCCCUAUGACAGACCUGGGGCUGGCAGAGGGUAUAACAGCAUUGGCAGAGGAGCUGGUUUUGAGAGGAUGAGGCGUGGUGCUUAUGGUGGAGGAUAUGGAGGCUAUGGUGAUUAUAAUGGCUAUAAUGAUGGCUAUGGAUUUGGUUCGGAGAGAUUUGGAAGAGACCUCAAUUAUUGUUCUUCAGGAAUGUCUGACCACAGAUAUGGGGAUGGUAGCUCUACUUUCCAGAGUACAACAGGACACUGUGUACACAUGCGGGGAUUACCAUACAGAGCUACUGAGAAUGACAUUUAUAAUUUUUUUUCACCACUCAACCCUGUGAGAGUACAUAUUGAGAUUGGACCUGAUGGCAGAGUAACUGGUGAAGCAGAUGUUGAGUUUGCAACCCAUAAAGAUGCUGUUGCAGCUAUGUCAAAAGAUAAAGCAAAUAUGCAACACAGAUAUGUAGAACUCUUCUCGAAUUCUACAGCAGGAGCAAGCGGUGGUGCUUAUGGUAGCCAAAUGAUGGGAGGCAUGGGCUUGUCAAACCAGUCCAGUUACGGUGGCCCAGCCAGCCAGCAGCUGAGUGGUGGUUAUGGAGGUGGCUACGGUGGCCAGAGCAGCAUGAACGGAUAUGGUAGCCAAGGAUCAGUGAACAGCAGCUACUACAAUAAUGGAAGCCGAGCAUCUAUGGGCGUGAAUGGAAUGGGAGGGAUGUCCAUCAUGUCUAGUAUGAGUGGUGGAUGGGGAAUGUAAUUGAUUUUGAUCACUGACUCUUGGUCAAAAAAAAUUUUUUUAAACCCCUCAGUUUAACAGUUUUUGCAAUCCAUCCAGCCUUGUGGUUUUAUGCCUGCUGUCUUAAGUGAACAUUGGCAUCGCUCAAAGAAGGUUCAGUGUUGAACAUAGCAGUCACCUAGGAUGAUAGGGCAAAGUUGAGUGAACUGUAACUGUUAAACUUAAUUCCUAGCUUUUCUCUAGUUACUGUAGGAUGUACGUAAGCAGUAAGUGUAUUUAGGUUAAAGCAGUUGAAUUAUGUUAAAUGUUG